AUGGAGCAAUUUAAGUUUCUUUUGACACCUCUUUGCUUUGACACGGCAUCGCUCUAUUUCGUAUUCUGUUGUAUAUACCUCGUUCGCUAUUCACGUUGCGUAGCCUCGAUCAUUCGACCUGGAGAUAACAUGAGCCUCCACGUCCGUCAGGCCGCCAUGGCCGAAGCAGAAGCGAAUGGGUCGCCGGAUGACCCUCCUACUCUCCUUUCUAGCUCAGAAGAAGAAGACGAGGAAGAAUGCGAGGACGACUACCGCGAGCCAAUCUCACGUCGCCUCCGCUUCUCCAACGAAAGUCCAGCACUUCCAGCAAACCGCGGCAUCGGCUUCCCUCACAUUGUCAUGACCAACGACUUCGACGAAGAGUCCGACACCAGCGAGGUAAGCUUCGCCGACGGCAUCGCCACAUUCCUUUGGAACUGGGAUCGCGUUCAGUUCUACAAGUUCUUCGACAUGACGAAGGAUAAGUUUGAGAUUCAUUAUGAUGCACCACAGGGGCCCAUCAAGGAUAUGAUCAUUUGGAGGAACGGGGACAGUGUGAUGGCAGGCUUCAGAGUUCCUGGCAUGUACGGUGAUAUGGAGUGGGAUGCUCAGCUGGUCUACUCGAUCGAGGCUGAUGGGAGGUGGUUUGGUAGGAUCUGCUCGGAGGCGACGAGGCGGGAGGCGAUUGAAAUCUUUGGGGAGUCCUUUUCGAAAGCGAUAUUCCAUCAUAGACUGUGGGAUUUGAGAGGAAGUGCAAAGGUCAAGAUCCAUCAUGCCUAG